AUGCCGGAAUUGGCCACCUACAUUCAGCGGGUCAAGAGCACCAAGGGAAUGAGAGGCCGCAAGCGCAAGUCCCAAGAUCAGGAACCCGACUUUUACAAGCAAGGCGCCAUUACCAUGCACGAGGCAAUUGCCAGGGCCACAGCCAACGGCACCCUGACCGGAAACGACUCCCCAUUGAUGGCUGCCACCAAUCGAAACAGCUCGAUGGUGGAAUCAUCCGUCAACUUGCCGCCAAUGGCAUCCCAGUUGAACGACAUGUCGGAUAUUGUCCGCCUCGAGCCUACUCCCCUUGCACCCGGUCGGGGCCAGCGCAACCUGCACGCAGGUCUGCCCGCAGGUCUGCCCGCAUCGGAAUCCAAGCAAGACCCGGACAGCGUUUCCAGGGAUGAUGGUGGGGUUGCCAAGCUGCCCACCCGCAUGGAACUGUCCGCUUUGCAAAUGAUGCAAGGAGGCGCCGCAAGCUCGGAUCAAGGUCUCGGCAUGGAACGGGGCGCGGGGUUCCUCUCUGGAGGUGCCAAUUUGGGUAUGCCUUCGGGCCCCCGAAGUGAUGAUGAGCUCCUCAUGAUGUUUGGAAAUACCGUUGACCGGGCAAACAACGAAGGUGUGCCAAUGAACCUCAACCACGCUCCUGCCUCCUCCCUCCCACUGGCACUCGCCAACAGUGAUCUCGACAUGUCUGCCAAUAAUGGAGCACAGCAGCUGAUGUUCCCAAGCACAAUGGAACAGCAGCAACAGCGACUUCAGCAGCAAGCCGACAUGGGGAAGAUCAGCUGCAGCAACACAUCCUGCGUCAGAUGGAUGAACAAAGACGCCUUCAACAACACCAACAGCAGCUUGGAUCGCUCCACAAUCAGAUGCCAGCAAACAUGCAAUCCAUGA